AUGAACAGAAUAGUUAGACUUGAUUCAAAGAUUGUUAGACAAAUAAGUGCUGGUGAAGUGGUUACGUCUCUAUUUAGCGUAGCAAAGGAGCUGAUAGAGAACGCAUUGGAUGCAGGUGGAACAGAAAUUAUGGUUAGGGUAGAGGGAACAGGGAUGGUGGUAGAGGAUAAUGGAACAGGAAUAGGGGAGGACGACUUUGAUAGGGUGUGUAUGGCACAUAAUACAUCAAAAUACACGGAUAGAAUACUAUUGGAGCAGGAGUAUGGGUCAUUUGGGUUCAGGGGAGAGGCACUCUACUCAAUAAACCAGGUAGGAGAAGUAGAAGUGACAACAAGGGCAAUUGGGGUGGAUGUAGGAUAUAGGCUGAGUUACAGGAAUGGGGAAUUGGUAGAGAAGAGUAAGGUGGCAGUGAAGAGAGAGGGGACACGAAUAGGAGUAAUGGGAAUAUUCAGUAACAAUUAUAUUCGAAAGAAUGAGUAUUAUAGGGGAGAUAGAAUAAGAAGUAGGGAAUUGGGAAGAAUAGUGGAUUUGGUGGAAGCGUACAACAUAAAUUAUUCAGGAAGAAUAAGAAUGAAACUGGUAGAUGGAGAUACAGGAAGAGAAUAUGGGGAAGAAGUGGGAAUAGGAAACAGGGUGUUGGAUGUAGAUGAGGAAGGAUUGAGGAUUGUGGUUGGAAAUGGGAAGGGGAGAUUUCACCUGUUGAUAAAUAACAGAUUGGUAGAAGAUAAGGUAUUGAGGAAGAUGAUUUGUGGUAGAAUAGGCAGGAAUAGGUUUGUGUUUAUUUCAACGAAGGUGGAGAAGAUUGAUGCGAAUAUUGAGCCAAGUAAGAGAAAGGUGCUGGUUUAUGGGAGAGAGAAGAUGCACCAGAAAAUAAUGAAGGAGAUUGACAAAAUAGGCGAAACAAAGGUGGUAGAAGAGAGCAAGAGAGUGGGGAAUAUUGAGCAGAAGAUGAGGAAAGUGAGUGAGAAGAUAUACGUGGAUCCAUCAAACAGGAGAUUGGAUGAAUAUGAAAAUAAUAAGGUGGAAGAAGUGAGGGUGAAUAAGGUUAAAAGAGUGGAAGAUGAGGCAACUACAGGUAGAAAGAGGCUGAGUUUGAAGGAGACAGUUUACAUUGGAUCUGAUGGGAAUACGACGUAUGUUCAACUGAAUGACUCAUUGGUUCAGUUGAAUGAUAUUGUAGUGGAGAACCUGAAGGAAUUUAACAAAAUCAAAAUGGGGGAAGAAAGCGUAGACUACGAGGUGGUAGGAAGUCUACGAGAAUUCUACAAUCGAUUUGGAAGAUAA